UUAGGGUCCUGGAAAUGCAGACUCCUGUGCUGCAGCUUGCGUAACCACGCCAAACGACGUUUACGCGAUAACGUCACGGAUCAGGAAGGACAGUUUUUUGACGGCAGGACGAAGAAUAUCCGAAUAUCUGUGUUCACUAAAAAUAACCAAAACUCUCCAUCUAAGGCACUGACACUCUCUGGCAGACAUGUCAUACGGCAAAUCAGAGAGCUACCGCCCCGUCCCCCGGGACUUCAACACCCUCAUACAGACAUGUAGCUCCAACAUCCAGAAGAUCACACAGAACACUGCUCAGAUCAAGAGCAUGGUGAACCAGCUGGGGACCAGUCAGGACACCAGUGAACUCCAGGACCGUCUACAGCAGAUACAACAUUACACCAACCAACUGGCAAAAGAAACUAACAAGCACCUGAAAGAGUUGGGAUCAAUCCCGUUGUCCAUAUCGCCCUCAGAGCAAAGGCAGCAGAAGAUCCAGAGGGACCGGCUGAUGAAUGACUUCUCAUCCGCUCUCAACAACUUCCAAGCAGUCCAGCGGCGUGCAGCGGAGAAGGAGAAGGAGUCGGUUGCCAGAGCGAGAGCUGGAUCCCGCCUUUCAACUGAAGACAGUUCUCGGGAUGAGAAGCUUGUUUCCUUCGAUAACCAGGAGGACUGGGGCCAGAUGAGUGCCCAGGCAGAGGAGGUGGCCAUCACAGAGGAGGAUCUGGAGCUCAUCAAGGAGAGAGAAACCAACAUAAGACAACUGGAGUCUGACAUUUUGGAUGUAAACCAGAUCUUCAAGGACCUGGCAGUGAUGAUCCACGAUCAGGGAGAGAUGAUUGAUAGCAUCGAGGCCAACGUGGAGAAUGCUGAAGUUCAUGUAGAGCGAGGAACGGAGCAGCUCCAGAGAGCCGUCUACUACCAGCAAAAGUCCCGGAAGAAGAUGUGUAUCCUGGCUCUGGUUUGUUCCAUCGUGCUCGUCAUUCUGGGCAUCAUCAUCUGGCAAGCUACAAAGUGAGGUGACUCUGCACAACCCAUAUGUCCCAUCCAUAUUUUACUCUGCCCUUCCCACAUGCAAGUACCUGCUUGGAAUCACGAGAAUAAGAAGAAGAUGAAGAAGAAGAGGCUUCAGGGUUAGAUCUGUGCAGAGUGGGUCCAUGUGGAACACACUAAAUCAAAACUGAUCAAGCCUGUUUUUGUUAUUUAAAGUGAGAUGAAGGACCAGGGUGAUGUAGGGGAGCGACCAUUCAUUUCUUGUCUAAUUUACUGCACUAAUACUAUCUGUCACUGUAUUUCAGAACAGGCUACAUGAAUAAAGAAAGCCAAGGCCUGUCAAAGUUAAGUGAUCUGGUUUGAAGGGGGCGUCAUGUUUUUGUUACUCGUUGUGACAUCUUCUGAUGUAAAGUGUGUGCCAAGGCUGGCUGACUUGGGUGACUCCUGGUGGUUGUAAUAUACAUGUUGUAAAAUGAAAUCUCAAACAGAUUACCAAUAUGACUCCAAUCCAUGUCUGUAAAUAUUACAAAGUGAUGCAUUAUAUAAGAACUUUAUGGAUCAUAAAUAAUGUCCAGUCUUCAAACAAACCAUUUUUAAACUGAUUGCUCUGACUCUUGACAGUAUGCAUAAUAAAUGUCUUAAACCC